AUGGCGAGGGAUCAGCUUAAGGUUCUCAGCGCGCUCGAUGUGGCCACGACACAAUGGUAUCACUUCACAGCGGUCGUCAUCGCCGGAAUGGGGUUCUUCACCGACGCCUACGACCUCUUCUGCAUCUCCCUGGUCACCAAGCUUCUCGGCCGCAUUUACUAUUCUGAGCCCGGCGUCGCCAAGCCCGGGACGCUGCCGCCGCACGUAUCUGCCGCCGUCAACGGGGUGGCCUUCUGCGGAACGCUGCUGGGGCAGCUCUUCUUCGGUUGGCUCGGAGACAAGCUGGGCCGGAAGAAGGUCUACGGAAUGACCCUCGCCCUCAUGGUGAUCUGCUCCGUGGCCUCCGGCCUCUCCUUCGGGCACUCGACCAAGGGCGUCAUGGCCACCCUCUGCUUCUUCCGCUUCUGGCUCGGCUUCGGUAUCGGCGGCGAUUACCCCCUCUCCGCCACCAUCAUGUCGGAGUACGCCAACAAGAAGACCCGGGGGGCCUUCAUCGCCGCCGUGUUCGCCAUGCAGGGCUUCGGCAUCCUCUCCGGCGGGAUGGUGGCCAUCGCCGUGUCUGCCAUCUUCAAGCACAGCUUUCCGGCCCCUCCCUACGCUGACAACCCCUCGGCCUCCACCGUUCCGGAAGCCGACUUCGUCUGGAGGAUAAUCCUCAUGUUCGGCGCGCUUCCGGCGGCGCUGACGUAUUACUGGCGGAUGAAGAUGCCGGAGACCGCCCGGUACACAGCCCUGGUGGCGAAGAAUGCCCAGCAGGCGGCGGCGGACAUGUCGAAGGUGCUCCAGGUCAAGAUCGAGCAAGUUCAGGAGAAGGCGGAUAGGCCACGGCCGGAGGACCGGCGCGGCGAGUUCGGUCUAUUCUCCCGGGAGUUCGCCCGCCGUCACGGGCUCCACCUGCUGGCCACCGCCACCACUUGGUUCCUACUGGACAUCGCCUUCUACAGCCAGAACCUCUUCCAGAAGGACAUCUUCAGCGCCAUCGGGUGGAUCCCCAAGCCCGCCACCAUGAACGCCGUCGAGGAGGUGUACCGAAUCGCGAGGGCCCAGACUCUGAUCGCCCUCUGCGGCACCGUCCCCGGCUACUGGUUCACGGUGGCGCUGAUCGACCGCAUCGGGCGCUUCACGAUCCAGAUCGUGGGCUUCUUCUUCAUGACGGUUUUCAUGCUGGCCCUCGCCGUCCCUUACCGGCACUGGGCGGAACCCUCCCACCACAUCGGGUUCGUCGUGAUGUAUGGGCUGACCUUCUUCUUCGCCAACUUCGGGCCAAACAGCACCACCUUCAUCGUGCCGGCGGAGAUCUUCCCAGCGCGGCUCCGUUCGACGUGCCACGGGAUCUCGGCGGCGUCCGGCAAGCUGGGGGCAAUCGUCGGCUCCUUCGGGUUCCUCUACGCGGCGCAGAACCAGGACAAGACCAAGACGGACGCCGGCUACCCUGCUGGCAUCGGCAUCAGGAACUCGCUCUUCGUCCUCACCGCCUGCAACUUCCUGGGACUUCUCUUCUCCUUCCUCGUCCCCGAGUCCAAGGGAAAGUCCCUCGAGGAGAUGUCCGGCGAGAACCAGGACGACGGAGAGCAAGCGCCUGCAUCGGACCCCCACUUCAACAACAGAAUGAUCCCCGUCUAA